GUUACGGCGGACGAUAAUGUCGAGGACAUUCUAGAAUGUGUAAAAGAAAAUACUCUCGAACUUUUCCGAAUAUGCUAGAGCCUAGCUCUCUGAAUAUAUAAGGGCCCGGUAUCACCCGCCAGAGUUAGUUCGAUUUGAAAAGCGAUUGCGAAAGGAACUGAAAGAAGUUAUCUGUGAGCAUUUAUUUUGAAGUAUCACGUGUCAGUAUUUUUAAUAGUGUGUUUAAUUAAUUCUCGAUUUUGAAGCCGAGAAGAAAAAAGUCGUCUGUGAGCCUUUAUUGUGAAAUAUCAAAUAAUACAAUGCCUAGACGUAAAAAAGGAGGAGAUCUUGCCAGUUCUGCAGCGAAACGGCGGAAACAAAAAGAACAUAGAAGAAAUGAAACGGAAGAAGAGCGCGAAGCACGUUUACAAAAUCAACGAACUAGGAUGAGAACUCUGAGAAGCACAAAAAAUGAAGAAAGAAAAGAGAACGAAAGUAUAGAAGAAUCGAGAAUUUUAAAAGAUAAUUUAACAAAGGAAGCAUUCCACUACGAACCGACGAAAAAAUAUUACAAUCAUAAACAUGUUGUGAUCGGAAAAAUGGAUAACAUUUGCCAAUUUUGCCACGCGAAAAAAUUCAGUAAAGAAACAGCAGGUCUCUGUUGCAUGAAUGGAAAAAUUCGACUACCACCACUGGAAGCACCUCCACAGGAAUUUCUACAUUACAUGACCGGGGAAACACAAGAAUCAAAACACUUUCUUCAAAAUAUAAGAUCAUAUAACUCCUGCUUUCAAAUGACUUCUUUCGGUGUUACUUCGACCAACACUAAUAGAAAUAAAUUUGAAUAUGUAUUUUCAAUUCAGGGGCAAAUUUAUCACAAAAUAGUAUCGUUACUGCCAAUGCCUAACAAAGACUAUAAAUUUCUACCGCAUGAUUUUAAAAUUGUAAUUCGAGCCGAUAAAAGACCACCUGGAGAGCACGAACGUAGAUUUAAUGCACCUCAGAUAGAUGAAGUUGCCAUCGUAAUUGUAGACAAUGAAAAUACAAGCCGUGACAUAAUUGUACAACGAAGAGGAAAAGGACUACAACGCAUUGCAGAGACACACCGUUCCUAUGAUGCUCUUCAAUAUCCAUUAAUAUUUCUGCACGGAGAGGACGGAUACCAUUUCAAUAUAAAACAAGUGCAUCCUGAAACAGGCAUAGAAACAAACAAAAAAGUCACUUCCAAGGAGUUCUAUGCUUACCGCUUAAUGAUCAGAGACAAUGAAACAUACAAUCACAUACUCAACACUCGCCGUUUAUUUCAACAAUUUCUGGUAGAUAUGUAUGCAAAAAUAGAAGCAGAACGGAUGCUUUACAUAAGACUGAAUCAGAAGAAACUACGCACAGAAGAAUACAUCCAUCUUCGAGACGCGAUCAUGAAUGACGGCAAUAUUGACGAUAUUGGAACAAUGGUAAUCUUACCCUCAUCAUACACAGGAAGUCCAAGACAUAUGCAUGAAUAUACUCAAGAUGCCAUGACUUACGUAAGAAAAUAUGGACGACCUGAUCUCUUCAUAACAUUUACAUGCAACUCAUCAUGGCCAGACAUCAAAGAACAACUAAAAUACGGACAAACCUCCAUGGAUCGACACGACAUAAUAGCCCGAGUUUUUCGACAAAAACAAAAAAGAUUUAUUGAAGUCAUCACAAAAUACCACAUCUUUGGAACCGUUCGAUGCUGGAUGUAUACAAUUGAGUGGCAAAAACGAGGAUUACCUCACUCACACAAUCUCAUAUGGCUACACGAUAAAAUUUAUCCCACGGAUAUUGACAAAAUCAUCCAAGCAGAAUUUCCCGAUCUACAAAAAAAACCGGAACUGUACAACAUAGUAGUGAAAAACAUGAUUCACGGACCAUGUGGAUCAUUAAACUUCAAUGCACCAUGCAUGAGUGAUGGAAAAUGUACAAAAAAAUAUCCAAAACCGUACUUGGAUGAUACAAAAACUGAAGAAGACGGCUAUCCGAAAUAUAGAAGACGAUCACCGAAAAAUGGUGGCUUCACAGCAAAAAUAAGAAUACAAGGCAAAGACGAACUGGAAAUAGAUAACCAAUGGGUAGUACCAUAUAACCCACUACUUUCGAAAAUGUUCCAAGCUCACAUAAACGUUGAAUACUGCAAUUCAGUAAAAUCUAUUAAAUACAUAUGUAAGUACGUAAACAAAGGUAGUGAUAUGGCAGUAUUCCAAAUAGUCCAAAAUAGCGAACAAAAUAACAGAAAUGAUGAGAUUCUUAUGUACCAAAUGGGAAGAUACAUCAACAGUAACGAAGCAGCAUGGAGGAUUUUUAGUUUUCCCAUACAUGAACGCAAACCAGCUGUGCAGCAUCUAGCAGUACACUUGGAGAAUGGACAAAGAGUUUACUUCACAAGAGAGUCGGCUAGAAAAAUUGCAAGCGAACCACCUGAGAACACAACAUUAACAGCUUUUUUCCAACUGUGCCAAACGGAUUCAUUCGCAAAGACAUUACUGUAUGUUGACGUCCCUAUUUAUUAUACGUGGGACAAAACAAGGAAAAUUUUUCAACGACGAAAACAAGGAAUGCCUGAGGAGGGUCAUCCAGAAAUCAUGAAAGCUGACACAAUAGGUCGAGUAUCCACUGUACAUCCAAACAAUGCCGAAUGUUUCUAUCUCCGGAUGUUGUUACACGAAAUACGGGGACCAACAAGUUUCACAGAUCUCAGGACUAUUAACGGCUACUAA